UAGAAUUUAUUGUCUUCCAUAACUACAGCACAUGCAUACAGAGAAUUGAAAUUGCUUGACUCUCGGACCGCAGGUGAACACAGGCAACCCUGACAGUACGAUAUAAAAUUACAGAUAUAUAUAUAUAUAUAUAUACCAAAACAGCCAUGCAGUUAUAUACAUACAUGCUUAGGGGGAUCAGUCUUAAAUAAUUGUGUUUCAAAUCGACAAGGCACAGUUUGGAUAUAUUUGCCAUAUGUAUUUGAUUUUGCCACAACUCCAACAACUCCUUUCACAAUAAAUGAAAUAUAUACAAUCAGGUCUGUUAAUAAGGCGCGGGGCUUUUAUUAUGAAAUGUUUCUAAACGACGACCGGGAAGUACAAACCACGUCAGUACGUUACUGAAGUCGUCGAUUUCACGUUCACGUUGGAUUGGAUUCACAAUGUUUAACAAAAAGCCACGCAGAAAUUUCAGGCAAAGGAAGAAUGAAUCCAGUGAUGAAGAUGAGAACGAAAAGCUCAGCGGUGACGCCGGAAAGGAAACGGAGAAAGCGGUUUCGCCGCGGAGCAACGGCAGUCCAAAGGCUCGCGAGCGCGACUCCAGUGAUGCUGAGGAGUCCUCAGACACAAAACACCGGUCGAAGAGCAACACACUCAGCUUUCUUGAGGAAAAAGACUCCACCGAGGGCAGUUUUACAGUGAGACGCUCGGUCAACAGAGAAGUUGUGUUCCAGGCUCGGAAAAAAGAAAGUUCCCCCGCGCCGCCGCUCGGCUCCAAGGUUAAGAAGAGUGAAGAUGUCCGUGUGCAAUCUGACAGCGAUUCUGAUUCAUCGGUGGAAGAAGUUCCUCCUGACAGCGACGAGGGGAGUUCUUCUACCCUGUCGAGUUCGUCCGGUUCUCCAAAACCACAAAGAGUCGUCAUUCCCGACGCUAGAAAGAUUCGCGCUGCCAAAGAGAAAAGGAGACAAGCCAGAGCCCAGCAGGAUUACAUUUCAUUGGAUUCACCCCGAACUCCUGGGAGCCCACAGGAAGAGGAUCCGAGCAAUGGAGAACAAGACAGUGACAGUGAGCUGGACGAUCAUGAGCGUAGAAUCCAGUUUGCACCCAAACCCAAGACUCUGAGAGAGAGAAUGGCUGACAAGAUGGGCAGUGAUAGUGAAGAGAGUUUUUCUGAUAGCCAAGAGGAGGAAGACCAGCAGAUAUGGGAAGAACAGCAAAUCGGAAAAGGAGUCAAAAGACACCAAGAAUGGCAGGCUCCUAGACCGGCACGGCAGAAGAAAAUGAACGUCCCUGAAUCCCUGCCGCCAGUCAGUAUCGAUGUCAUUAAGAAGAGAAUCAUUUCGAAAUUAGCUUCACUGAGAGAGGUGCACAGGGCUCGGGAGGCGGAGCUAAGGAGGAUGCAGCUGGAUAUGGAAAUGGCCAAGAGCUCAUUGGAGAGUCUUGAAAAUCAUGCUGCGGAUGAGAAGCUGCGCUUCUACCGCACCAUGAAUAUAUUCUCACGAAACCUACUGGAAUGCCUGUCUGAGAAGAUGAUUUUAAUAAACUCCAUUGAGCUGGACAUGCACAGUCUCUAUAUUGACCAGGCAGAGGCGCUGAUGAGUCAGAGAAGAGAAGCACUGCAGGAGGAGUCCUCCAGGAUUCAGAAGAUAACCUAUAACACUGAUUCACACGACAACGGUGACACAGGCGGAGACUCUAACCCUACUUGGCAGAAUUGCUUGUCUGAAGAAGACGCUGGGUGUGUGCCGUGUGACUGGGAGCCCGCGUCUGAGCAGCAGGCAGAGCUACAAAGGAAAAGAGAUGAUCUGCUGAAAAAGGCGAAGGAAGUGUUUGCAGAUGUUCAAACGGACUUCUGGGAUGUGAAGAAAAUCCUCUCUAGAUUUGAUGAGUGGCGCGUCUCCUUUCAGGACUCUUACAGUAAUGCCUACAUUGGCCUAUGCCUCCCAAAACUCCUGGCACCCCUGAUCCGACACCAGCUUAUUGGCUGGAAUCCUCUUCAGGCAGACGAAGACUUCGAAACAUUGCCGUGGUAUUCUGCUGUUGAGAGGUUCUGUCAUGGUCAGGGUUAUGAGGAGUCGGAGAACAUGGAUAAGACGACGCUGCCUACCAUAAUUGAGAAGACGAUCCUCUCUAAAGUUCAAGGUUUCGUGGAGCUGGUGUGGGACCCUCUGUCCGCGCGGCAGUCUCAAACCCUCACGACACUCUGCAAGAGAAUACAGGAUGAUUAUUCUGUAUUUGAUGGUGAACAAAGCAAACCUGUCAAGGCCUUUGUAGAAGCAGUUAUUCAGAGGUUAAGGAGCGCUGUAGAUAAUGACGUCUUUGUCCCACUGUACCCAAAAAAGUUUCUAGAGGAUAAACGGUCCCCACAGUUCCAGUUUCAGAACAAACAGUUUUGGUCAGCAGUGAAGUUGCUUGGUAAUAUGGCAUUAUGGGACGGUUUAAUUCAUGAACAUGUUCUUAAAGAGCUGAUGUUGGAGAAACUUCUCGGCCGUUACUUGAUGAUAACUGUCCUUAAUGAAUCUGAUCCAAAACACACCGUCCACAAAUGCAAAAAGAUUGCAGAUUGUUUUCCUGAAUCGUGGUUCAUUGAUGGGAUCACUGGGUGGUCACUUCCUCAGCUGCAGAGCUUCAGCAAACAUCUUCUUCAGACCGCUCGGGUCUUAUUUAAGGACAGCAGUGACCCCAGCAGCACUCGGGCACUUUUAUCUGAUGUGCUGUUUGUCCUCAAGAAGAUAAAGGCACAUGACGGCAUUAGGACUAUAACAGAAAAAUAUCACUGUGAGGAUCUGUUAAAAACUCUCCCGUAGCAGCCAUCUUGUGUCGGAUGUUUUUAAGUCACUUUGAUAUAUGUAUGUAUAGUGAAUAAAAUGUUUUAUUUUA